AUGCCUAAAGCUACGAAACCUGCUGUUCGGGAUUCUCAGUUCCUGCCCUCCAGCACCUUCAUUCUAGACAAUGGGGCAUUUUCAAUGAAAGCUGGCUUCGCCCCAAGCUUGCCUUUAGCAGACGCAGAUACGCUCAAGCGGUGUCAUGCAGUUCAGAAUUCUCUCGCACGCACAAGAGACAAACGUACUUAUGUUGCGGCUCAGCAAGAUAACAUAUCGCAAUGGAGCGAAGCCAUCUUCCGAAGGCCUGUCGAACGCGGUCAACUUGUGAACUGGGAAGCAGAAAAAGAGAUCUGGGACUGCAGUUUCUUUGAUGAGAAGACGGCGCAUACAGACCUGUUUGUCAAAGAGCCAGACAGUACGACUCUGAUCCUUACAGAGGCGCCGAAUACAAUGCAAGCAUUACAAAGGAAUGCCGAUGAGAUCAUCAUGGAGGAAUGGGGCUUCGGCGGAUAUGCUAGGAUAGUGGGACAAUCACUAAACGCUUACAAUGACUUACAUCCCCUUUUCGGUGAAACUGACCGCUCUCCGUCUCUCGAAACUCACCCUCGAGCCCAGGAAUGCCUUCUGGUCGUUGAUAGCGGCUAUUCACACACAAUCAUAACACCAUUGUAUAACGGUGUUCCGAUUCAAAGAGCAAUCCGCCGCGUCGACCUCGGAGGGAAGCAUCUCACGAAUCUUUUGAAAGAGGUUGUAUCGCUAAGAUACUUUGACCUUCAUCAAGACACGAAAAUCGUCAACGACAUCAAGGAAGACGUGUGCUUUGUUAGCUCAAAUUACAAGAUGGAUAUGGAACAGACUUGGAAAGGCAAUACCGCACGAUGGCGAAAGUCAGAGAAAACGGCUCCGCCAACACUCGAAGACAAGGCAGAUAACGAUGGCUCAAUGGACAUUGACAAGCCAUCUUCAUUAUCUCCACCAUGCCCGGUCCCAGAUCCUCCAGGCCUAAUCGACUACGUCCUCCCUGACGGCUUCCGUAUACCCCGCGGCUUCUCUCGUUCUCAUGACCCUCUCACCCACCGAAAGCAAAAGCGCCAGGCAAAUGAACCCUCCUCCGCUUCCGGCGUUGGCGAUGAGAUCAGCAUGACACUCGGGUCUGAACGCUUUUCAAUCCCCGAAAUCCUCUUUACCCCCUCCGAUAUUGGAUCGCGCCAGCCGGGCAUAGCCGAGGCGGUCAUGCAAUCACUUUCGGUGCUGCCACCCGCGCUCCAAGCCACUCUACUCUCCAACAUUCUCGUUGUAGGCGGAAACGCAAGGAUGAAGGGGUUCGUGCGAAGGGUUCAGGAUGAACUGAGAAUGCUAGCGCCGGUGGAGUAUGAAGUCAGAGUGAGAGCGAUGGAGGAUCCGGUCACGAGUACCUGGUUGGGAGGUGCGAGGAUGGCAGGAAAUAGGGAGGUGGUGCGAAAGAUUGGUGUGAGUAAAGAGGAAUAUGCGGAGUUUGGAAGUGGAUGGGUAGGGAGGAGGUUUGCUGCAGUGGGUAGAUGA